UGAUUGUCUAAAUAAUUAAUGCAGCACGUCCCCCUAGAAACACGGCGUCGUCAUUAAUCGCAAGGACUCUAUCAGACUUGAAAACUGAAGAGAUCCCCCAAGAAAAUAAUAUCCGAUACCCGGCGCAACCGUAGCCCCGCACUUUAGCAACACAUCCUAACCGAUGGAUGCUUGGGUCGAGGUGGGAGCAGUGAUGAAUGCGUGAGGGAUAUAAAAGAGAUUUGUGCAGAUUUCGGUCACAGACUGGAGCAACGGUGGGAAACACCUAUCACGUGAAUAAACAACAUCCAUGCCACUGGAUAGAGUUGCACUGGCUUAUUGUCUUUGAAUCCACAAAAUGCAGAAAGCAACAUACUACGAUAACUCUGGACUUUUUGGAGGCUACACCUUCCCCAAACCAGACUCUUACAACUACGGCCCCGCUCAUCAGCCAUACGCUGCUUCUAGCAUUGAGAAUGACUACCAUGGCUCCGUGUGUCCCACCCAGACCUCUGCUGUCCGGCCACCAACCCUCAAAGACAGUGACCUGAACGGAGACUGCAUGCGACAAAGCAGCAGUAUAAGCAACAGCAGCAGCCAAGCUACGAGUAUUGGGGAGCAGCAGGCACCACCACUGUCCGCAUCCUCUCCCAGCUCCAACAGCUCUGCACCCCAGAAGAAGAAAUCCCCUUCCAGCAGCGCUUCCAGUACUGCCACACCAACCCUCACAAAGCAAAUAUUCCCCUGGAUGAAGGAGACCCGACAGAACUCAAAGCAGAAGGGCAACAACUGCACCAGUGCAGGUAGAGAUCAUGAUGGUGGUGAGUUGAGUGACGAGAAGAGCCCACCAGGACCUGCCUCCAAACGGGUCAGAACUGCUUACACCAGCGCACAACUUGUGGAGCUGGAGAAGGAGUUUCACUUUAACCGUUAUCUGUGUCGACCUCGGAGAGUGGAAAUGGCAAAUCUGUUGAAUCUCACCGAGCGUCAAAUAAAGAUCUGGUUUCAAAACAGGAGGAUGAAAUACAAAAAGGACCAGAAGUCUAAAGGGCUCGCGCACUCUCCCCUGGGACACUCUCCGGAUAGAAGCCCGCCGCUGAGUGGCCCAAAUCACAUUGGAUACUCUGGCCAGCUCCAAAGCGUGAACAGCCUCAGCUAUGACGCGCCCUCGCCCCCGUCCUUCGCCAAACCCCAGCAAAACAUGUACGGGUUGGCCGCGUACACGGCACCCUUGGGUGGCUGCAUCCCGCAACAGAAGAGGUACCCGGGCUCCGAGUAUGAGCACCACGGCAUGCAGAGCAACGGCAGCUUUGCCAACGCCAAUUUGCAAGGCAGCCCCGUUUAUGUGGGUGGGAAUUUUGUUGAUUCCAUGCCAGCCUCUGGCCCCAUGUUCAACCUCGGCCACCUUCCCCACCCCUCAUCCACGAGUGUGGACUACAGCUGUGCCGCUCAGAUCCCAGGAAACCACCAUCAUGGACCCUGUGAUCCCCAUCCCACAUACACAGACCUCACCUCUCACCAAGCGUCUCAGGGAAGGAUUCAGGAAGCGCCUAAACUCACGCAUUUGUAAUAUGUGGUUUCUGUGUGUGUGUGUGUGUGUGUGUGUGUGUAUGUAUGUAUGUAUGUAUGUGUGUGUGUGCGC